AUGGCUCCAAAAGCCCUCACAAAUCUGCCUUCUGAGAUUCGUCAGCAGAUCUUCAGAGAGUGUCUACAGGUAGAUGGGGGCUAUGUCUUCGAUGUUCAGACUGAUAAACUGACGAAUGCCGACGGGACCGCGAUUGAUCUAUCCCUUCUUUAUACUUGUCGCUCGAUCGCAAAUGACACCAGGGCGAUGCCACUAGCAGUCAAUACAAUUCAGUUCUCGACUGUCUUCCGCCAAGACUGGUGCAACUUGGCCGGAUGCUUCGCUCUUGCUGCUACCACUCACUAUGUUCUGGAGCAAGACUUUGUGUUUCAUUUAGCUAAAUUCAUCACUCCUGAGAUGUUCACCGAGCUCGAGUCAAUAUGCCCGGGCUUUCAGCAACUACUUGAGUUUGAGCUCGUCGAGCACAACAGAUGGAUACAUGAGAACAACGACCCUGGAUACUAUUUCCAGACCGUCAAAUUUCGACCAGCUGUGUGCAGCAUGGUACGGCAAUUUAUGAAAGUGGUCGACAUGUUCAAGAUCAAUGGGAUGUCUUUUCAUCGUCCGUUCCGUCUUCUCCACACUGAAGCCAACGCAAACAACGGCAGUGGUUCAAGUGAUCGCAGGCGGCAGAAAUGGGUCCAAGGCGAAGUUCGCGAGGCUACAUCAUAUUGUCUGAAACUUAUCUCUGAGACGCAACCUGAUGAGUUUAAGAAAUAUGUAUACAAAUCUCUCCCCCAUUGGAUUGGAGUUCGUCCCGCCGACGACUUUAUCCACUUGAGAUUCAACCUGUGGGAUAUCCCUUCUCAGGAGCGAGUGGCGCAUAUGAUGGAGUUAUUUGAGAUUGGGCCGUUUGUUUGGGAACUUCCAGCUACCUGGUACUACACCCCGCGCAGCUUCUACGAUCAAGUUGUGAAAGGUGCCCCGCAAGAUCGACGGUCUCCAGAGUUUGAGAAACCGGAUAAUUUAUUGGAGCACUUCACCAGUCGAUGUCGUGAGAAGCUAAGGUUUUCUGCCACGGCUGCUGCAAUUCGCUUUAUUCAACGACUUACAAUUAGCCAGCGGAAGCAGAUGAGAAGUAUUGUAUUGCAUGAGGACUUGCCAUCGGUGAAUCUGCCGUCUCGUCAUACCCAGGGGUUGAUUCCCUUUUUGAAAGAGAAUCACAUGCUUCGAAUCGAGCGUCGUGCCAGUGUUUUUGGCUGUGUAACAAGCCAGCGUCCCCACUCCAUCAUUGCUUAUAUGGACAGUGAUGAGGACAUACCCCUACCGACAGAGAUUGCGAACCGAGAGUUUGAGGCUAGCAUAUACUACUGGCUCCUUGACGCUUUCGCGGUGGCGGAUUCGGGCGUUAGCACCAAUUGCUUCACUUUUGUUUUAGAAGCUGGGCAACACAGGGAUUACUGCGCUGACCUUUUCCAGAAGGUGAUCCAGACAGAAAUCUCCAAGUCGAAGGCUUGGAAGAUAUGCUUGGAUACCGGCCUCUUGGCAUCUUUAAGACAAAGUACACGUGACCGCAAUGCGACCAGAUUUGCAAAGGACCCGAGGUUUGAGAAACUCAUUGAUCAGUUGGCGAACCAAACAUCGAAUUUGUGGUGCGACUUCAACCCCGGGGCACCAUUGGAUGUAGACGCAUUGGUUGAGGAUGUCAAGGUAAAGCACGGGGAAGCCAUUUCGGAUAAGUGGGUGAGCAAGUCGGAUUUCGACGUCAUUCCUUUGCCAUAUGAUCUAUACCAUGAUACAAUGGUGGCUCCGAAUUUCGAGUUUCAGACCCGGCAAGAGUAUAUUGAGUCACGGGGCGUGAAUGACAACGCGGAAGACUCAUAG